UUUGUGUCGUGCUGACCUCUGCGAUGUUGUCUCACGUUGAGAAAUACGAGGUGGUCCGACCUCAGAGACUUCAGGGGAGACAGAGGAGGAGCCUGCGGGACAACCAGCUGUAUCCUGAUACGGUUCAGUACGAGUUCACCAUUGAGGGCACAAACCACACAAUUUAUCUGGAAAAAAACAGGAAUCUUAUUGGGAAAGGCUACACUGAAACACAUUAUUCAGAAGAUGGAAAACGGGUGACGACAUCGCCAAACGAG